AUGGCGGGCAGCGUGUGGGCAGCCCUGGGACUCUCUCGCUGGCCUGCAUCUCAGCUCCUUGGCCUCAUCUCUCCCGCCUGGUUCCAGUCCCACCCCUUCUCCUUUGGCACCCUCACCUACUGCUCCCGGCCUGGGGGUGACAGCUGGAACCAGAGCUGUGGGACCUUCGGGUCCCUGGAUGAUAUUCCUGACUUUGCCUGGAAGGUCUCGGCUGCAAUUCUCCUUGGAGGAUGGCUCUUGUUGGCCUUUAAUGCAGUUCUCCUCCUCUCUUGGGCCCUGGCCCCCCAAGGGCUGUGUCCCAGAAGGGCCAGUGGCCCAAUGCCAGGGGUGCAGGCAGCGGCAGCCACUGCCACCAUUAUGGGCCUGCUGGUUUUCCCCAUGAGCCUGACCUCCCCAUUCGCCAAGCAAGCCUGCGGAGCCUCCUCUCUGUACCACGGUGGGCAGUGCCAACAGGCUGCCAUCCUCAAUGCAGUCCCAGCCAGCUUCCUGCCUGUGAUUGGGUGGCCCCGCAUGACCAAGGUCCAGGGGAGGAUCGUCCUCUUCUCCGGUGACACUGAGCAAAUCAUCCUCAUGCCAGAAAGAAGCAAAUAA